AGAGUUGCUACGUAUGGAAGUGUGUAUGACGUUUGCUGCCGGAAGCUAGGUCUUAACGAGCUAACCGAUAAGAAGAAACGACUACUUUUUAUUCAGUUUCUGCUCCUUUGCGACCGCUAAACUAACACUCUGACCAGCUUUCCUACGAUAAAUUAUGUUUUAGUGUCGCUUUUAUUUGAAAAAUUAUUUUCUUACAAGAUACUUUAUAGAGUCGGCUAACGGUUAGGACUAACUUGUACAGAAGAUACUCGUGCUCUGGGGUAUCCUGUUACUUCUAUAACGUAAAAUACUUUCUACAAGAUAUAUAUUUUGUUUUAGUACGCCAGUAUUCAAGAGUAAUUGAAGCCCGGAUCGGCUUAGUGAGUCAUGCACACAAGGUUAAAGUUAGCUUUAGCCUGUCCCUCACUUGAUUUACUAUGUAAUUCUGAUUGGUGCGGGCAGGUGUGGUUUAAUAAGUAGGCCAGAAGUGGGUGAGGAAAAGCAAGUGUAGUCAGGGAGUUGGAAACUUUUUUUUUGGUGUUGGUUAAGUAAGUUGUGAAGUGACAACAUGCUCCUCUCCCUCGUCGUGCACACGUACUCGCUCCGGUACUGGUUUCCGGCCACCGUCAUGCUGGGCACAGCCCCUGCUUAUUUGCUCUCUUGGGGUGCCUGGCGCAUCCUCUCCACUCUUUUACCGGCCAGACUGUACCACACGUUAGAUGACAGACUAUACUGCAUCUACCAGAGCAUGGUCCUCUUCUUCUUCGAGAAUUACACGGGAGUGGAGAUCAUCAUAUAUGGCGAUAUACCAAAGAAGAAAGAGAAUGUGAUCUAUAUGUCCAAUCAUCAAUGUACAGCGGACUGGAUCAUUGCUGAUAUGUUGGCAAUCAGGCAGAGUGCCCUCGGUCAUGUCAGAUAUGUUCUUAAAGAUGGACUCAAGUGGUUACCACUCUACGGAUGGUAUUUCUCUCAGCAUGGUGGGAUCUACGUAAAACGAAGUGCCAAGUUUAACCAAGAGGCUAUGAUGAAGAAGCUCGUCUCUCAGAAUCAGUCAGGAGCACCAAUGUACCUGGUCAUCUUCCCAGAAGGAACACGCUAUAAUCCCGAGCUCAAGAAUGUUAUCACCGACAGUCAGGCCUUUGCUACGAAAGAAGGGCUGGCGGUUCUGCGACACACACUAACGCCCCGAAUGAAAGCUUCACACAUCGCCCUCGAGACCAUGAGGGGCUACUUGGAUGCCGUGUAUGACGUCACGGUGGCCUACGAGGGAACGCUUGGCGCCGACCGCCAAAGAAAACCAGCGCCUUCAAUGCCAGAAUUCCUGUGCAAAGAAUGUCCGAGAGUCCACAUCCACUUUGAGCGUGUGCAUGUCAAGGAAAUUCCUCCCGAGCCGCACUUCUUCCGCAGGUGGCUGCACGAGCGCUUUGAAAUCAAGGACCGGCUGCUGGCGGAUUUCUACGAGGGUGGUGAUGGAGGCAAACUAUGCAGCUUCCCCGGGGAGGGCAGACGUUCCCCGCUGGGACUCCGCAAAACCCUCCCGGCCGUGCUCGUCUUGGGGGGUCUGACGCUACCUCUGCUGCUGACUGACACCGGCAGGAAGGUGUACUGGAGGACCUGGGUGUACGGCACUUUUCUAGGUUGGCUUUGGGUCAAUUUACUUCCUUAACGUACGGCCGGAAGGCGCGUAAAAGCAGCGCCUCCUUUCAGUAUUCCGGCACGGGUUGUGUUGCAGCAGUAGAAUACUGCGGUACAAUCACACAGCCGGCGCACACGCCCACUCAGCACGUGACUCACUGUGCCGAAAUCAUGCAAAGAAUGAUUCGUCUUGCGUUACUGCUUGUUUUCCUAAAAUUAGCAGACUUUGGGGAGACAACAGUGGAUUUGUUCAAAAGACACUACAUAAAAUUCCUCAGACGAGCCAGAAAUAGUCGCAUAAUCAACUCCCCACCCCCAACCUCCCAAUUCGCUCUCAUCAGCCAAACAUGUCCUUGCUUGUUCUUCCUUGUUCCAACAGAAAUUGGCCAAUUUCUCUCUUUGACUAUCUUUGAUGCUAAUAGUCAAUUUAUUCUUCAAGUUGAGUUUAUGAAUUACGUGUUGGUGUUCUAAAAGCAAAGUGCCACGUUCCUAAUUUGCACUGAGUUUGUUCUGAUCUUUUUUUUUUUUUUUGGUUGAGUCUUGUGGAACCUCCAAAGUCGAACAACAUAUGUGUUCUUUGAUAGGGUUGACUUUCCUCAUGUCGAAAAGAAUGUGAGAUGAGCUAAUCGCUUUAAGACUGUCAUCAGAAACUAACAAUUUGGCAGUGUCAAAUUAGUCCGUACAAGUGAAAUUGUUUUCGCCAGGUAACUUUGGCUUCCUUAUGCUUUCCAUAAGCAUGUUUGUUUGCUCGCUUGAGAACUAAUUGUCUUUAGGUGUGAAGUAAGCCUAAUGGUGCUUUGUCGAUACGUUUAUGCCCUGUGAUUGACUGGUGAUCAGUCCAGGGUGUGCACUCCGUUGCCUCUCGCCCCAUGUUAUCUUGGACAGGUUCCCACUACCCUCAGACCUCCAUGAAGAUAUGUUGCAUACAAAAUGGGAGGACUGAGUUAGCUAGCUAGAUGUUUUAUCUAAUAUUGUUGCAAGAGUAAAUAUACUAAUGGAGCACUGAGCUCAAGUUGUGGAAAAAUCUCCUCACGCCGCCCAUUUUUCUGAACAAUUUAGUUGAACUGUUUGAUGUUUGGGUUGUUGUACUUUAGGGGUUCCACUUGAACAUUCAAAUAACUUUGGGUGUGGCGAACGCAACAUCAUUCUACUUUACGGGUUUAUCAGUUUAACAACUGCGGCACUUUACACAGUAUAAAUAUUUGGCUUUAAUAGUUCAAAUGAAUGUUGAAUUAAAGCUGUUGAAUAAAUGUUUGCAUUAUGUUGAAGAUGACAAGUUGAGGCAUCAUAAGUAUUAAUCUCAUGAGUCCAUGUCACUAUAAAAAUUGUUCCAUUUAUAGCAGGGCUGCAGAAUAUACGAACAGCAGAUUAUAUGCAACUGGCCAAAGCAUAAGUUGUGGCCUACCAUGCAAAAUAUAAAAAUAAAAUAAAAAAACGUAAAACCCUCAGUGGAAUUGCUAAAAUACACUCAUAUUAUAUACUAAUCAUAUUUGAUUGUUGCAUCAUAGAUGUGCAUUUAAAAUGACCCUCAGAAGGAAUUAUAAAUACAGUGUUGUACUAAGUAAAAGAUGGCUUUAAACGGGGAAAAAAAGUAACUUGCCAAAUCUUUGCCACAAUGUUCGACGUGUUUUAAGUGAAGCAAUGCCACUUUGUCUGGAAUCUAUAUGGCUUUACUAGUCUUGAAUGUUUGUUUUCGUUUCCAUGUAACAUGAAAAGAUCUACCUUGCUUAAAGCAAAAAAGCUUACAAAGCCAUGUAAACACAAAGCCAUUUGUAUUAUACUCUAUACACCCACACAACUCUGUAUUGUGUAAAGCAGUUUGUGAAUUGUCGUUAUGUUCUAUCUACUGUGUCUCCCUUUUUCCCCUAACUCACUUUGCAAAUUUGCAAUCCCGGAGUUGGUCAGAGGUCUAUUUUAAGGUAAAUGUCAAGUUUUUACACUGUGCUGCAAUACCUCACUCAGUUCAGUCAUCUUCCUCGUUCCUAUAUGACCUUUUUUCAUGAUAUUUUAUAAGAACUUUUAUCCUGUCAGGAAUUGGUUUUCUGUAGACAGCAUUUACAAAUGCCAACUCUUUGCGCAAACGUGUGCCUUCUCUUUGGAGGAGCGGGUUCUCAUCCCUCCCUCGGCUGGAGGACCUCAGCGGCUCUUUGCAGUGUUGACGUCACCGAGGCGUUCAGCGGCCCCGUGCGCUCACACUCUGCACUUGUAGUGGCCUAUUUUGCUCAGAAAUGCGAUACUGUAUGAUUUACAGGUUUUGACUAAAUGCCAAGUUAAUGUGUUGUGGUUAUGGGUAUAUAGCUUCAUUGGAAUAAAGUGUCCCUCCUUCCCUUGGAAA